AUGCAUGAUCGGCGCAUGCUGCAGAAUCGGCCCUCCGUUCAAAUCGUGUGCCAGCCUCUUCCCAAGACCGACAGGGGCAGCGCAAACCACCAAGGUUUGUCUCCGGCUCGCAACUUGUCAACACGUGUUCAAGGUAUUCCACAGCAAAGUGCAGUGUUCUGGAGACAAGUCAGGCAGCAAGCAGAAUUCAUUUGGCAUGGCGAUGCCGGGAACUGCACACCUGGCCCACAAGUUCGCAUUUGUCUUGCCACGCCUUUCGUGCACUGUGGAAAGGCUUCAGGCAAGUCUCACCACGUUUUGCAACCAAGCAGAGUCCGCAGGAGCCAGAGUGUGGGUGGAACUCCGAGGGGCACCUAUGACCCGGCCAGGUGUCAGCUUCUGGCGCGACCGCCCUGUAUCUCCAUAGCAGGAGGAAUCUCCAGUGGAAUGUACCAUCCGCCGAAGUCGGCAUCGCCCCGCAGAACGGUUCAUGCUUCGUCCGGGUCACAGCCGGGCUACGCUCCCAGGCAGGGGCAGCUACAGGCUCCAGACCAGGCCAAACCUGUGUCUGCCCUACGUGCUCGCUCCUGCGACGGGACACCGCAGUGGGUGUCAAGACGGGAGUUGACACAGCCAUCGACAGCACUGCUUCGUUCUUCUUCUGAUCGGCGGCCGCUGGCGACGGCGUCGGCGACGGCGUCCGAAAAGCCGAAGCAAGGCCAAGGUCGAUGUCACUCGGCCCCAGUGCUGAGACUGAGACAGGCAGAGCCUCCAAGUCCAAGGCCAAGGCCGGGCAAAAGCCCUGCACCUCGGCCUGUGCCCUGCGUGUGCCAGAGGAUCCUUCGCUUGCCCAGCCCGAGACCGCAACCGCCCGACAGCAACGCCAAGCCCCCCGAGGCCGAGGCCGAGGCCGAGGCCGCCCGUCUCAGAGCCAAAGCCAAAGUGCCAGCGGCUCUCGGGCCUGGGCGGCCUGGGAGUCCGAAAGCGGUCACGCCCACGCGGCCCACGCACCGCACGCACCGCACGCAGCUCACUGUCACGCCUGUCACGCCCAGGAACACGGCGCUGGCCUUCAUCCCACGCGGGCGAGUAGGCUCCUCAGGCACAGGCACGCGCCUACCCACGCUGAGCCCCAAAGGAUGCAGGGAGCCAGCGGAGGGUCAGAAUCCUUUCGGGAGUCCAAGAGUGCUUGAGGUCACCGAGAUUCAGAAGACGGUGCACAUCGGUUCUGGGAGCUUUGGCUCUGUUUGGAAGGCGACUGUUCGUGGACAUCCAGUUGCUGUCAAGAUCUGCCAGCAGAAUACAGCCAACGAGCGGCGGGUCACACUGAAGGAGCUCGGCUUCCUGUGCAACUUGCAUCACCCGCGAUUGGUGUCCUUCUUUGGGUUUGCGCAGACUGCUGACCAGCUGAUCUUCGUUAUGGAGCUGAUGACCGGGGGAAAUUUGUCGGAUCUGCUAUUCUGCAAAAGACCAGCGUUAAGCUUUAGGCAGAAGGCGUUGAUGGGCUGUCAAGUCGCCGAAGGUCUGUCAUUUUUGCACGAAAGGCAUGUUAUUCAUCGAGAUCUGAAGACCAUGAAUGUCGUGCUGGAUGUCUCGCUCAAUUGCAAGCUCUGUGACUUUGGCCUCACGCUUUAUCUGGACCACACGCACAUUACGGUGUGCGGAUUGCAGGGCUCUCCGAGGUACAUGGCACCCGAGCAGCUCGAGACGACAGUUCGCAUAUCGGAAAAGGUGGACAUUUGGCAGAUGGGUUGCGUGAUGCUGGAGCUGUUCUGUACCGUGGUGCCCUUCAGUAGCCUCAGCAAUGUGGCAGCGAUUGUCUCGGAGUUGAUCGUAAAGAAGAACGGCCCGACGAUUCCUGAUGAUGCAGAUCCGCGGGCUCGAGCUCUGAUAUUGCCAUGUUUGCGAUUGAGUCCGCGGUCUCGUCCUGCAGCAGACACAUUGUUGGACGUCUUGGCCCGCGUAGUGAGCAGUGACAGCACGGCUGUCGCAAAAUGA